AUGAGCGGGGCUCAUUUUGCAGCACACAGUGUAGCAUUCGGGACAGUGUUAGGAGUAUUCGCUUCACAUAGGACGUUAAGUUUGUUAAUUAUAACAAACAACUGCUUGUUGUCACAGCAUGUCGCUGUGCUAACAUCAAAAAGUCCAGCCUCUUGUCUGGCUGAUGACUGAUCCUUCCGAAUCAUCAUCAUCAUCAUUCCACGCGUUGCCUGGAGUCAGGUCGAGUUCGUUCGUCUUGGAGUCGGGCGUUGUAUGUUCAUAGUGUAUGACUGGGGUGGGGACCCAGCCACACACUAUGUCGAAUCGGGGGACCCCGGCCCCCUUCGGGGCCGGGCCCUAUGUAAUUUGUUAGUGGGUGACGAACUCACUCUCCGCACCCCCCCGCAAACCUGCCCCCUGCAGUACUGCAGGGGAGUGGUGUAA